AUGUCCGACAAGCCCAACGAGAAGUCUCCACCCAGCUUCGACCCCGAAGGCUCCUCCGCGCCGACUGAGGUUGGCGAAGAGAAGCCAGUGUCAGAACUCAACCCAGCCCCGGAUGGAGGUCUCGAAGCGUGGCUUGUUGCAACUGGCGCCGGCUUUGUAUUUUUCUGCGGUCUCGGUUUCGCAAACUCCUUCGGUGUGUUCCAGGAGUACUACAUGAGCCACCAACUAAAAGAAGAGUCUGCCGAUAAAAUUGCUUGGAUCGGAUCCCUUGCAGCCUUCCUACAGUUCUUCGCCGGUGCCAUUGGUGGUCCGCUAUUCGACCAAUAUGGUGUUUGGGUGAUUCGCCCGGCCGCUAUCCUCUAUGUCUUCUCCGUUAUGAUGCUCAGCUUGUGCAAGGAAUACUGGCAAUUUAUGCUUGCACAGGGCGUCUUGAUGGGCGUUACCAUGGGCUUGAUGAUGUUCCCGGCCAUGGCGGCGGUUUCCCAAUUCUUCGACAAGAAACGCGCGGCGGCUCUGGGCAUUACGAUAUCCGGAUCCUCCAUCGGCGGUAUCGUUCUACCUAUUGCGCUGUCCAGGAUGAUGAGGAGUUCUCUAGGAUUCGCAUGGUCGGUGCGAAUCAUCGGCUUUAUCAUGGUGCCUCUCCUAGCCUUUGCGAUCAUCACCCUCAAGUCGCGCUUACCACCACGCACCGGCAAGUUCUUCCUCGCCGCGGCCUGGAAAGAAUGGACCUAUGUGCUUCUCGUCGCUUCACUGUUUUUCAUGUUCGUCGGCAUGUUCACGCCCCUAUUCUAUCUCCCAGCAUACGCCGUCUCCCGUGGAAUGGGCGCGAACCUCGCGUCAUACAUGCUUGCCAUUCUCAACGGCGCCUCGACGUUUGGACGAGUCAUCCCUGGUAUCUUGGCCGAUAAAUUCGGCCGUAUGAACAUGCUUGUGAUUGCAGGCAUUUCCAACGGCAUAGUCAUAUUUUGCUUCAACCAGGCCAAAUCCACAGCAGGAAUCGUUGUUUACUCUAUCGUCUUCGGCUUUUCUUCCGGCAUGAUUAUUUCCGGGGGCUCCGCCGCUCUGACGACUUGUUGCAAAGACCCCAGAAAUAUGGGAACCUACAUGGGCAUGGGCAUAGCUGUCGGCUCUAUCGCGGCUUUGAUCGGGCCGCCGUUCAACGGAAUGCUCGUGGACCGGUAUCACGGCUUUUCCGAGGUUUCCAUGUUUAGUGGAGCCAUGUGUCUAGUAGGUGGUUUCCUCGCUGUGGCGAGCAAACUAGUGGCAGGGAAGGGCGUGUUUGCGCGGAUAUAA